UUAAGAUCCACCACUCUUUGGAAAUCUUUGUCUGUCUUCAAACAAAACACUAAGAAAUAGCCUAAGAAAAUCACAUUACUGCAGUAUUUAUUUACAAUAAUAAUUGACUCAUGAGUAGUUUAUGAUAUUCUCACUUUCUCUCUCUCUCUCUCUCUAACUAGUUCAUUAUUUUUUUAUUAUUUUUAUUAAAUCAGUAGAAAGAGAGAAAGACCGAACCUAGUUGCAUCAUCAUAUUAUAUAUAUAUAUAUAUAUCAAGAUUCAGAACAGCCUCGUUGAUUACAAAAUUAUACUUGUAGAAAAGCUGUGAGAUUCAGGACCCCAGAUCUAAUUAACCAAACAAUCUGAUACUUACAUUACACCACACACCCACCACCAUCUCCACCUCCGCUACCAUCAUCUAUCUAUCCCUCCCUUCACUGUCCACCCCAUCCAUCUUACCCAUGAAAUUUUUUGACUGCUUCUAAUAGUAUACAUCAGACAUGUUAGUCAUUGGUUUGCUUUUUGGGUAACCCUUUGGAGAAAGAGAUCUUGGCGUCCUGAAGAUUGGGAAUUGGUGGUAGUUCCUUUUCACAUCUGCCUCAGAAGUGCCAAAGUCUUAUUUUUUGGGGGAAUUUAUGGUUUUGAGAGUUUCUUUGAAUACAGCCAAAAGGGUAUUACGACUCUUUCCAAUUUUUGUAUAAUUCGGGUCGUUCUUUAGUUUAAUGCGCUAUAUUUUGCAUAAAAAAAAGAAAAUGGUAGCAGGAAAUGGUCUGUUUUACCCAAUUUUUGGGUUUGCAACAUGUGUGGCUUUCAUCUACAUGUCUUUUGGGGACUUUAGGCUCAGUUUCAAAGAAGAACCAAAGUGGGAUUUUGUGAAGAGGAAUGGAACUCAGUUUGUGUUGGAUGGUAAAGCUUUCUAUGUUAAUGGUUGGAAUUCUUACUGGUUUAUGGACCAUGCUGUGGACGACUUUACUAGACCUCGUGUUGGGGCAAUGCUACAAGCCGGAGCCAAAAUGGGUCUCACCGUUUGUAGAACUUGGGCUUUCAAUGAUGGUACCUACAAUGCCCUCCAGAUUUCUCCUGGCAAAUUCAAUGAGAGAGUUUUCAAGGCUUUGGAUUAUGUCAUUGCGGAAUCAAGACGGCAUGGCGUCAGGCUACUUCUUAGCUUAGUUAAUAACUUGCAAGCAUAUGGUGGGAAGACUCAGUAUGUGAAAUGGGCAUGGGAAGAAGGCCUUGGUUUAAGCGCGUCUAAUGAUUCAUUCUUCUUUGAUCCAUCCAUUCGUACUUAUUUCAAAAGUUAUGUCAAGACUAUCCUGACAAGGAAGAAUACUUUCACAGGAAUUGAAUAUAGAGAUGAUCCCACCAUAUUUGGAUGGGAGUUGAUCAAUGAACCCCGUUGUCUAACAGAUUCUUCAGGCGACACUCUACAAGAUUGGAUAGAAGAAAUGUCAGCUUUUGUGAAAUCAAUUGACAAGCAUCAUCUAGUGACAGUUGGUCUAGAAGGCUUUUAUGGUCCAAACAACCCUAAAGGUUCCACUGUGAAUCCCGAACAAUGGGCAUCUCUUCUUGGAUCAGAUUUCAUUCGAAACUCAAAAAUACCAAAUAUCGACUUUGCCUCUGUUCAUAUCUACCCUGACCAUUGGUUUCAUAAUCAAGAUUUUGAAGACAAACUCAAGUUUCUCUCCAAGUGGAUGCUUUCUCACAUUGAAGAUGGUGACAAAGAACUGAAGAAGCCUGUCAUGUUCACCGAAUUCGGUUUGUCAAAUGAGAACAAAGACUUUGAACCGUCGCAGCGGGAUAUAUUUUUCAAAACUAUUUUCGACAUCAUUUACAAAUCUGCUAAGAAAAAUGGAUCUGGUGGAGGUUCUUUAAUCUGGCAACUUUUUAUUGGAGGAAUGGAAGAGUUCAACGAUGAUUUUGGAAUUGUCCCAUGGGAAAGACCAUCAAUAUAUAAACUGAUAGUGAAACAGUCAUGUAGGUUGGCUAGAAUCCAUGGACCUAUUCAACAAGAAGCAAAUUUGAAACAGUUAUGUAAUCAAAGACUGUAAGUGUCUCAGCCCAUCAGAAAAUUUCAUUUCUUUCCGAAGCUUAGUGGUUUCUUUCUUAUGGUUUGAUGGUGCUGGAAGGACAGAAAAAAGGUGACCUAUAUUUUGUCCAAGCUUCUUGCAUCCACGCACGUGCCCAAGCAGAUUAAAUGAUUUAGAUGAGUAUAUAUAGUAUUGUUUUGAAGCAAUGUUUUUAGAGCUUGUCAUAAAUAUAUAUAUAUAUAUGAUUUUACAACAAGGAUCCAUUGUAAUAGUAUAUUUUGUGGUUAAUAAACAAAUUAAGCAAGUAGUGUUUGUAGAGGUAA